AGCGCAGCUUUUGACGCUCCCCACUGUCUGUGUUAUGAGACGUGUUUUGUAAGGCAGUUUCUGCGGUCACUUGCUGGGCGACCGGGUUUCAUAAACUUUGGACCGGGUUCGGAGGAAACACGGAGCCACCUCUGUCUGCCCGACUUUGAAAGGGGAGCUCUGGUCUUCUGGUGGGUUAGCGCUAACGGACAGAGGAUGUUUCCAGUCAGCAGAUACACAUGCAAAGCACACAGAUGUAUCAGGGCAUUGACAACACUGCAGACAGACCCUGCAGCCCCUCAACUUUACAGCAGUAUACACAGGAGGACCUGCUCUUCAGUGUCAGCACCCCGCAUCACCACACACUACACCAUUCAUCCCCGAGAUAAAGACUCAAGAUGGGAAGGUAUCGAAAUGGAAAGGUUUGCAGACGAGGCAGAUGUUGUGAUAGUAGGCGGUGGUCCUGCUGGUCUAUCUGCAGCCAUUCGCCUCAAGCAGCUUGCAAAUGAACAAGAGAAGGAGCUGCGAGUGUGCCUUGUGGAGAAGGCCCCUCAGAUCGGCGCACACACGCUGUCGGGAGCCUGUUUGGAGCCAAGCGCCCUCUUUGAGCUCUUUCCUGACUGGAAAGAACGAGGGGCACCUCUGAACACUCCAGUGACAGAAGACGUGUUCAGCAUUUUUACAGAGAAACACAGAAUCCCUGUCCCCAUAUUACCAGGGCUGCCCAUGCAGAACCAUGGUAACUACAUUGUGAGGUUGGGAAACCUUGUGCGUUGGCUGGGGGAGCAGGCUGAGGAGCUUGGAGUGGAGCUGUACCCUGGUUAUGCUGCAGCUGAGGUCCUGUUUCACGAGGACGGAAGUGUUAAAGGUAUCGCCACUAAUGAUGUAGGCAUUGCCAAGGAUGGCUCACCGAAGGAUGUUUUUGAGCGAGGAAUGGAGCUACAUGCUAAGGUGACCUUGUUUGGAGAAGGCUGCCACGGCCAUUUAGCCAAGCAGCUUUAUAAGCAGUUCAACCUGCGGGAGAACUGUGAACCCCAGACUUACGCUAUUGGUCUGAAAGAGCUGUGGAUGAUUGAUGAGAAGAAGUGGAGACCCGGCAGGACAGAGCAUUCGGUCGGUUGGCCCCUGGACAGACACACAUAUGGCGGAUCCUUCCUGUAUCACCUAAAUGAAGGAGAACCUCUAGUUGCCUUAGGCUUCGUGAUUGGUUUAGAUUAUUCCAAUCCUUAUUUAAGCCCGUUCAGGGAGUUCCAACGCUGGAAACAUCACCCUUUCAUAGCCUCCACACUGGAGGGAGGUCAGAGGAUAGCUUAUGGAGCCAGAGCCUUAAACGAGGGAGGAUACCAGUCUAUCCCUAAGCUGACGUUUCCUGGAGGACUGCUGAUCGGCUGCAGCCCUGGUUUCAUGAACGUCCCAAAGAUCAAAGGCACCCAUACAGCUAUGAAGAGCGGCAUGCUGGCUGCUGAAGCCAUCUUCCCUAAAGUCACAGCAGAGAGCCUGGACUCAGAGACUGCAGGGCUUCAUGUACCAGAGUACAGCGAGAGCUUGAAGAGUUCCUCUGUGUGGAAAGAGCUGUAUGCAGUCAGGAACAUCAGGCCGUCCUUCCACAACUACUUUGGUCUUUAUGGUGGGAUGGUUUACACCGGCAUCUUCUACUGGAUGUUAAGAGGAAAAGAGCCUUGGACGCUCAAACACAAAGGCAUUGAUGCAAACCAGCUGAAACCAGCGAAAGAUUGUAAACCCAUCGAGUAUCCAAAGCCCGACGGCAAGAUUAGCUUUGACCUCCUGUCCUCUGUGGCCCUGAGCGGCACCAAUCAUGAGGGGGACCAGCCUCCGCACCUGACCUUAAAGGAUGACAGCAUCCCUGUGGCGAGGAACCUUGCCAUUUAUGACGGACCUGAGCAGCGCUUCUGCCCUGCAGGUGUGUAUGAGUAUGUUCCCAUGGAAACUGGAGAUGGGAUGAGAUUACAGAUCAACGCUCAGAACUGUGUCCACUGCAAGACCUGCGACAUUAAGGAUCCCAGCCAGAACAUCAACUGGGUGGUUCCAGAGGGAGGCGGCGGACCUGCAUACAAUGGAAUGUGAACUUUGUUCUGAAUGAAACGCAUUUGUUAUCUAGGAGUACGACGUCGUUGGUAUGUGCCUGAGUAUAAGCCGUUAACUAAUGUAGCUGUCUGAGGGUACAAGGAAAACUUUAAAUUAUAAUGGGUGUUAUUAUUAAGCAUGAUGUGUUUAAGGAACAGGACCUUGUGAAAGUAAAGACCAGCUGAUGAGUUCUGCAUGAGCUCAGAGGGCAUUUUAAUUCCGGACAAGUUUUUAGCAUUUGAAGAGGAAGUACUCGAUCCAGAGAAGCUGUUAGGUUUCUCAGUUUUGUAAAAGAUAUUAAAUAAGCUGUAAAUGUAAGAAUUUCUGUUAGUAUUCCUAACAAAUACUGUAUAAUUUCACAGAAAGACAAUAACAGAACACUU